GCUUGUAGACCAGUAAUUGCAUGGUUAUUGUUUUCAUUUAUAACUUGGGUUUGGUUAUGAGCAUUUCAAGAUGGUUUUGAUCGAUAGUUGACAAAAACAACAUACAGUGGUAUAAUGACCCGUACAAUAAGACUGUUCCUAUCAUUUUCUGUGGUAUGUGGAGUUAUUUCUCUGUUAAUAUUCUAUCUGUAUACAAGUCGUUACAGCAAUAGAAUUCAUUUAAGCUUACGUACAAAUAAUWCACCAAGAAUUAAAAAGACAGAUUUAACAGAAGGGAAAACAAAGAUACUGUCAGAAGAGGAUCUGUUGUCGUCUGUUCAACCGGUGACGAUAAAUACUUUGCCGGUUGCCACGCGAAAAUCUCCUGGUAAUUCUGGUGAGGAUAGUGACACAACAGAUGAAAAARCAACACAAACUACAAAACGRAAUCUUAAUGAAGUUGGAGAUGAAUCAGUACCGACCACCCUUGGCGAACAACAAGAAAAAUCAACUCCAAGUAGUAGUCCUACAACUACAACUACAACAACAACAACAACAACAAAGCCAAUACAAAAGACUACUGCUGUUACUGAUAGCUCCCAAAAUGAAAAUUUGGGAUUUUGUGACGAAAAGCCUCCAUCGUUAACUGGGCCAUUAUUUGUAAAUCAAAAUGUUCCUAAAAUGGAUGAUGUGGAAAAGCAUUUUUCAGAGGAAUUUGGAGGAUGGGUGAAGAAAGGUGGAGCCUGGAAACCAGCACAUUGUGAAGCGAGGGUUAAGAUGGCACUUAUCAUACCAUUUAGGAAGCGAUAUGAGCAAUUGGGGAUUUUUGUCAGACACAUGCACCCAAUGUUGAAACGUCAGGAAGUUGACUAUCGCAUAAUUGUUGUGGAGCAGUCUGGCAGCACACCUUUUAACAGAGCAAUCUUGUUUAAUAUUGGUUACAAAGAAGCUUUAAAAUUGAAGGACUUUGACUGUUUUAUAUUCCAUGAUGUUGAYCUUAUUCCUGAGGAUGACCAUAACAUGUACACUUGUCCCACCUCUCCACGACAUAUGUCUGUAGCUGUAGAUAAAUUUAAUUAUCGGUUGCCAUAUUCCAGUAUAUUUGGAGGUGCUGGAGCUUUCUCGAGAAAACAUUUUGAAGAAAUCAAUGGGUUUUCCAACAUGUUUUGGGGUUGGGGUGGAGAAGAUGACGACCUAUACCACAGAAUUGUAGCUAAAGGACAUCACUURACGCGACCAUCUCUUCAAAUUGGACGUUAUAAGAUGAUAAGAGUGCAUCACCAUCAGAGUUCUCAGGCUGACCCAAAUAGGCAUAACCUUUUGCAAAACUCUAUGAUCAGAAUGGCUCAAGAUGGUCUAAAUUCAUUGAAGUACCAAUUGUUAAAAGUAGAGGAAAGACUCUUAUAUACGUUGGUAACAGUUCAUGUAGAUAGUUCCAUGUUAUAGCAGCUUGCUUUCGUCAAUACAGUAGUCAAUAUGAACUGAAAACCUUUGUAAAUAUAUUUGAUAAACUAUAAAAGAUAGAUUUGAGUCAGAGUUAACACACUUGCACCAUAUAUUCCAUUAUAAUAGUCAACGUUUUGUCUCUUGUGGUCUAGAUAGAAAAAUCUAGAAGUAUGACUGAGCAAGGUCUACAUUUUUCUAUCUAGUCCAAGCAAACUUGUUAAUACAAGUUUUAAUAUAAUAUCAGUUUACAUUGGAUAAAAAGYAAUUCAAUGAUAACACUGAGUACAAAAUUUUAAGGUACUGUAUUUACUCAUGUAUAAGCCACACUUUUUUCCAAAAAUAAUAUUUCCCAAAUCGGGGAUGCGGCUUACAUGUAUCUAUGAGAAGACUUGUAAAAAAGCCCGAAAAAAACUAGCUAAUUUGCAUAAAUCUCAAAUCCUCUUUUCUAUUUUACUGGGUUCUGUUGUUUAUAGAAUCCUUAGUUGUAAGUUUUGAUUCARCAUUCACUGUGCUACUUACUACAUGUACAGUCUUUUUUUCCUCAAAAAUGUUCCCAAAACUCAGGUGCGGCUUAUCUACGAGAGCGGCUUAUCCAUGAGUAAAUAAUUCUGGAUAGUACUGAAUUCUGCUGAUUUCUGCCUCUAGUAAUAUCAAUUUGAAUUUUGGMCUUUCUUGUACUUUUGCUUUAUUUUUAUAUUUAAAGCUAAAUAAACCCAAGAGAAUCUAGAUUGGUAAAAAGUAAACAUCAACCAAUCAGAUCACUUCAGCCUCCAAUAUAUACGGUUAUAUUAGAAUUUUGUUUACUUAGUUAUAGUAUAUUAACCAAAAGUGUAUGAAACAAGAAAGGUACUGUUACAAUUCACCAACAUCCAUGACUGAGUAAGUACACUUUUUUGUUUGUUUGUUUCAUGGUUCAAGUGUGUUCACUCUAUACUCUUUGAAUAUAUUGAUAUACUUAAUACAUAGCAAGGCAUGGCAAUUUGGAAAGAAAAACCACUCUUUAAUGCAUGGUUAAAAUGGAAAGUGAAUGAAAAUGGAUGUAAUGAAAUUUUACGCAAUUUUAAAUUUCAGUAUUUCAUGAUAGAAAAAUUCAAAAAAAAGAAAAAAAAUGCUGAUAAUUUUUAUUUUGUCUUGUCUUAUUAUAUUUCAGUAAGAGAGUGGCAAAGUGAUGACUUUGAAAAAAAGAAAAUGUGAGACUUGUAUGUGAAUCAACCAAAUAAAAAAAUGUCAUUUCUUGGCUAAGGACAAAGACAUUUCUUAACAACAAACAAAUUUCAUAAUUUUGAGGAAUUUCAUGAUAGUCACACUUUGUCACUCUUGCAUUGCAAGGAUAUUKAGUGUAUAGUGCUCAUUCCCAAGCAGCCUUUUUUGUGCAUGUACUAUAUCUAUUGCUUGGAUUCAUUGCCAGCUAUAAAUAUAUCUUGCAUACCAUGAGAUAUUGGGUAUUUGUAUGAUUAUCCAUGGUGGGGAGAACAGAUUUAUAUUUAGUAUAGAAAAGACCAGACACAUCCCAUAGCUUAUAGUUUCCUAUAGUUUUUUUUACGAUCUUUUCAAAAAUGCUAGAAAUAUGCAUGGGAAUCAGCAAUUAUCUGGACACACCAUGCCUUCAUCUUAUAUCUUUCUAUAGAAAUUCAUGCAUUUUUGCAAUAGCCAGUAAAUUAAAUUGUUCACUAKCGAUCAAAUUUUGAAUUUGGUCUUUUAUUGUAUGAAAUCUUACAGUUUAAGGGACUGUAACUAGUCCGGUAUCAAAUCUGGCUUGCUGCAUGAAUUUGAAAGAAACUGUCCCUAUGUGAUWUGACUGAAUGUAGAUCUUGCAAUAACAAAACAUCUGUUUCACAAUCUGGAUAUUUUAUUAAAUAUGCCAGUAUCUAUGACUUUACAAGUUGCUCAGUGGUCUUGCAAAUAAGGCAUGGCUGUUAUUCUGUAACAUAAUAUAUUAUAUAUUUUAUAGCCUGCAAACAUCUGGUUUGUUCUAAAAAUAACCUUGGAUGUUUUUGGGUAAAUGCUGGGUAAAACUUGAGCAUAUUUUAAAUAUUACAUUUAUUUAAAGGCCCAGUUUGCACCAUUAUCCUUUGCGCGCCUUUGUUAUUGUUAUGAUUUACACCAAAAAUACUUCUAGUAUCCAAAUAUCACUAUAAAAUGGUGGGGGUGAGAUGGCAAUGGGGCGAGAUGACCGUAAUUCAAUAAAACGAGUGUCGGAUGAUUGAAAACUCUAAUACUAGCUUUUAAAGUGCUUAGAAAAGUGAGAUGGUCAAAGAUUCGAAACGCACAGUACAAUCUAUAGACUUUCUGUAAACUGAAAAUGGCCGCCUCCAGUCCCUCGUGGCCCCCAAAGCAUAAUGGUGCACACUGGGGCCUUUAAACAGUUAUCUUCAGAGAAAUUAGAGAUUAUAAUAUAUAAUACCAAAGAACUUUAUCUCAUGAAGGGCUAGGUUAUAUGGUACUAUAUGUGCCAGACUGGUUUCUUUAGUUUGGCACUUGAUAUAGAAAUAAAGGAAAGUUAUAGUCACUAGGAAGGAGGUUAUUCUCUCUGGGAGAAAGACCCUUGGAAGUAAAAUGUGGAAAAAUCAAUUUAUGACCUAACUGUGAAUCGAAGYCAUGACCMUGGGAUUUUGUACUACACCAAAAUGCUCUACCAUCUGAGCUACAAGGUCAGGUGGGUUCGAAUCCCAGCGAGGUCAGAAAUUAAUUCUUCAGAAUUUAUUUUACAAGGGUCUUUCUCCCAGAAUAACUGCCUUUCCACUUUAUUUCUAUAUCAUGUAUCUCAUAGUGCUAUGCAGUCCUAUACAUUCAUAUCUUUAGUCUUAUACUGACCAUGCAUUCAAUGCUUUAUGGUGGGCUCAAGUGUGAAUACAAAAGACAUUUAAAACUCUUUGGGGAGGUAAGGGCUACCUUCAAAAAUGCUAGAUUAUACUAAUUCUUUGAGAGUGGCUUUCUACUCAUUUUAAAAACAAAGACGAAACAAAAAAGCAACAACAACAGAUAACAUCAAAAGCAAGAAAGAAGUCUCAUUCACAAAGACUUCCAUCUUGUUUUUUGAAUUUAUGCAUGUGGAAAAUUUGCAUGCUUGAAUGGUGUAAAGAAACUUAUAUGACAUGAAUUAUAACUCAAAUAGUUAYAGAGUUAUUAGCUUCCAAAUUAUUUUGAUAAAUUAUGUAUGUUUCCAUUAUUAUGGCAAUUAAAAUGACAUUGAUUUUGAAGGUCUAUGUGAAGCUGGC